AUGAGCAGAAGCCAAUCUCCCUCCCUUAAUGACGGACUUAGUACAUCCAACAGCAGGCAUUCAAGCUCCCAUUCCAGAUUCUCUCUGCACAAGGCGUUUCCACAACUGAGUGGGAAUGCGAGUUUUAAUGGCACUUCUCCGAAGACCAAAUUGCCGUCUAGGUUUUCAGGGGGUAGCAACCCUCCAUAUAUGGAUAGCUUGAAAGAGCAAGAGAGCUCUUCCAGCUCAAGUAGAUCGAACUUUCGUCGGGCUAAUUACGUGAAUCCCGGCCGCAUCAGGUCCUCUGGUUUGAAGUACUCCUUGCAAGCACCAAAAGAGCUUUCUAGUAUCGACAAAAUUAACGAUCCCGCUAGCAGGUCGAUUGUUAUUUCAGGCAAAAACCACCUAGGACUUUACCGUUUUCGCGAAGAUUAUGGCAAGCUGGAGUUGACAUUGGACCUUUUUAAUAUUGAUCAAAAAGCAGCGAGUUUGAGAACAACUACCAGAAAAACUAGUACCAUAUCAGAUGUUAAGGCAGGCUUCCACAACUACAAAAACUACGUUGCUAUAUGUGGAACCUCGACUUCUGUUUCAAUAUAUGACAUCAACAGGGCAAACUUAGUCGACGGACCCGCUUCCAUGGUUCUCUCAAAGCAUACCAGAUCGAUCAACAGUGUCGACUUUAAUAUGGCACAAACAAGUUUGCUAAUAAGUGGAAGCCAGGACGGCUGUAUAAAAGUUUGGGAUCUUCGUUCGAGCCAAGGUCGUAAAAACAAGAGCGACUUAACGAUAAACAGCGGGUCUGACUCAGUACGCGAUGUUAAAUGGAUGCCUACGUAUGACUUCCCUAACAACGAUGACGUUGUGGCCGGGCCCAGCAAUAGAAGUCAUAGAUUUGCUUCUAUCCAUGACUCGGGGCUACUCUUGACUUACGACCUGAGACAGCCGUCUCAAGCUGAAAAAAGGAUAAAUGCUCAUUCAGGGCCGGGGCUCUGCCUCAGUUGGCAUCCCACCUUAGAUUAUAUUAUGACAGGGGGCCGAGACGGCAAAUGCUGCCUCUGGAAUAUGGGCAGCAAACCCCUGAAUCCCGCAAGUUUUCAAAAUAUUCAUCAUAACAGUUCAUUCAGCACGUCGGCUGCGAGCUCUUUCACUCAAGGCUUUUCCGCCAACUCAGUUACAAAUUUCAUCAACUCACCUGAAGCAGUUGUUAACACCGCACACCCUUUAACCAAGCUGAAGUUCAGACCUUCUGCAAUUCCAGAAGUAUUUGAUUCCGUAAUUGCUCUUUCGUCACUGGGUGAAAAUUCAGAUGUUUCUCUUUAUUCACUCUCAAGGUCAUAUAUCCCGAAAAAUGUACUUACAACUAACUCACCUUCAUGCGGCUUUGUUUGGUGGAAUGAGAACCUUAUUUUUAACAUUGACAAACAGAAUAUGGUCACUGGCUGGGAUUUAGGAAAAGAACCUACAGUUUUGGAUAAUCUGCCAAAGAAUAAAAUAGCGUGGAGGGACAUUGAAGGUGAUGGGCUGGUAUUUCUGGCGCAAGACAAAGGCGGGUAUGAGUCUGGCGGGCCAGAUGGCAUGUCUGUGUCCACCGAGACUAGAAAUUUUUCGCAAAGUAGACUAAGCACGACAACAAUGAGCAAUUUAUUCCCUAGUCAUACGAUGAGACAGAAUUCAAGCGUAUCUUCAUUUCCAGCGCUCAAUACGCACUCGAAUUCUGGAGCGAACCUCGGUGAUAGACCCUCCCUUCCACGUACGGUCACGUCAUAUAGCAAGGGCGCCUAUACUCAAACAUAUGGGUCCUAUAAUACGCACAGCUCGCAUCAUAACUCAGCAGCCUCUGCCAGUGCUUCAUCAAUUGCAACGGAAUUGGGCUCAGAGCACGUUUUGUCGCCAAGGAUGAUCUCCUUGGAUCUACCACACAUUCUUAAUAGCAUCAGAAGUGCCAAAAUUGAAAACUAUGCCAAGAAGCCCAGUCGCCCUGGUUCUGCAGCUUUCAAGGACUCCCCUGUCGAAGUCUUCAAGUUCCUUUCGCGUGAACUCAAGUUUUCGUAUAUGCACGAUCGAAAUUUCAACAAACCAGAGAAUCUCACUGAUCAAGAUGACCUUGCUCAAAGCGUGGACGACAAUGAUUUGAAGUCACACCUUAUUACGCGAUUUGGAUUUUCUGAGAACAACACCUGGACUAAAUUCAUCAAGAAAAGUAACUCCCCAGAGAAGGAUGCUGCCGUUGAAAAUGGAACUAAAGUAAACGAAGCCAGUAUCGAGAAGGUUACUAACUCUCCAAAUGAUACGGGGUCAGAUGAGCUCAGCAGCAUAUCGAAGCUUUCGACUGAACCCAAAAAAUCAGAUUUAGCUGAGCGCAACAUUACGGCUAUUCGGCAAAGGGUAAAGCAUUUUAUAGAACUUGUUUCCAUGUGUGAUCAUAACGCCGAGAUAUACUUGUACAUUGAUGACUUAUCCAAUUUCAAAAUAUGGAUGAUGAUGAGAGAUUCUCUACUAUGGGAGCUCAAACAGAUAACAGACAGCCUCGAAACUGAUGGAGGAAGCCUUCUUUCGGAAUCAUUGCUCGUUAACCCCGAUGUCACGCGUCACUCUAACGGGGCUCGCAAGCAAUCUAUGGCCUCGGAUUAUAGUAGCUUCAGCACAAGUGAAGUUGGGUCUACGACUGGAGUUCAAGCUUUGCCCGAAUUCCGCGGCCCUCAUUCCUUAAGUACACCUCCCAGAGCCACCACGAGUUUUGGGGCGAAAGAACCAUCGUCCUUGAAAAAAAGAGAGUCCACUAUUGAUGAAAACUUGAGUGAAACUGAAAUCGAAGCUAAGGGCUUGCCCAAAGAGGACAUUAAAAAUUUAAGGAACCAAAUUUCUAAGCACCAAAUUGGCGACGAGGUUGCCAUUGAAGACGAGGAGGAGGACAAAUUUGAGGAAAAAAGCAGUGCCGGAACUGAUGCUUCUAACAAAAAUAUUCCAAUUAUUCCCUCUGAAAGAAAGGUGUCUUUUGUCGAUCAAUUUAUCAAUAGUAUGCGCUCUCCUAAAACUCUUCACGGUGAUUUUGAGACCGACGGGAGCAGAAUGGCUAAUUCUGCGAGCACUAAAAGAUCAUCACAACCCAGUUUCAGUUCAUCACUUGCUGGUUUGAUAACUAGAAGGCUAUCCGAUCAGUCUCCAAAAACCAAGCCCAAAGACUUGAUUUAUUCAAAGAGUUCCGGAAGCAUUGCAAAAAACAGCAGCGAUUUGUUUGAUUUCCAAAAUGUUGAAGGUAACAAUUCACCAAGGGUACUGACUCAAAAAUCGAAAAUAAGCAUGCUAUUGAAGGGUUUAAAGAAAAGCGAGACAGCACCGCCUUGGGAUGCUUCUAGGCUUAUAAAAAAGAUUUUUGAACAAUCUGUUGCUACCGGGAAUGUGCUUCUUACUAUUAGCAUUAUACUGCUGUUUCAAACUACUUUUAAGGUUACUAGCACCACAGUGGUGAAAAACGCACUUUCAGAAUUUAUCAAUAUUCUGCAUAAGUACGAGCUAUUUGAAAUAGCGGCAAAUUUAUUGAAGUUUUGUCCUUGGGACGACAUACUUGAAGCUGGAAAUGGCCAAUGCACCGUUAGAAUUUACUGCGAGCGCUGUAAGAAGCUCUUGGUAAACGAAUCCUCAAAAGAAAAAUUUACUGAAGAGUGGAAGCGCACAGGUCGGCAGGAAGUGAUGAAAAGGUUUGGAUAUUGGUAUUGCGACAAUUGCUCGAAACGGAAUACGCUUUGUGUUUUGUGUGAACAGCCUUUGAAAAAGCUCACGUUUUGCGUACUGAAUUGUGGUCAUGAAGGCCAUCCCGAGUGCUUCAAAAAGUGGUUCAUGAACGAAGAGAUGAGCGAAUGUCCUAGUGGAUGUUCUGGUUUCCUUUUGUAA